GAAUGAUGCUUCAAACGUUGAUAGUUGGACUCUUUUCAGGGCUCUGCGACGUUUGUUUCAUUCCUGGCAACCAAGAGCAGUGAGUACCUGGAUACACUGUGGUCACAACCAGUGGUUCAGGCACACUUAGUGGCUUAUCUGUGCCACGCCUUGGUCCAUGCUGUUGCUUCUGUGUUGUCAGGCAGUAGCAGACAUUGCAUCUGGGGAAAGCGGAGCCUGAGUAGCAUUUGGUGCCUCCCUGCUGUGCAAGACGACUGAAUGCGAUCCACAGGACCACAGGGCUCAUAGGAAGGGAGGGAAUGAACUACAGGAAAGCUGCCACAGCAACAAGGCUGAGUUCUGGUUGAGUGCAGAGUUAGGAACUCAGAUGCAUGGUGGGCACUGGCAAGCAGGGGCCAGACAGUGGCCAACCCGGAGCUGUCCUCGGGAGUGACUCCCGUUUACAGCUGUGAGCAGCUGUGUAGCAAGUGAAAGCUGCUCUGAAACCCUGUGGCUGAUAGCAGUUUUGUGACUUUAUCCCUGUAGCACUUCUUGGAGAGAUAAUCAUCGACAGCCAACCUUGAGGAGACUGUUAUGGCUCUUGCUGCCGUGCAUCUGUCGCUGAGGAUCCCAGGAGCUGUGUCCCUGCGGGCUCCCCUGAGGGCUCUGCAGCUUUGUAGCCGGUGCUACCCGGGUCACGCCUCUUGGAGCUACGAAGCCAUGAAACAGCAGUACAGGCCAGAGAUACCAGAGUACUUCAACUUUGCAAGAGAUGUGCUGGACAGAUGGGCUGAAGUGGAAAAGGAGGGGAAGAAGUCUAAAAACCCUGCAUUGUGGUGGGUAGAUGGUGCUGGAGAAGAGGUGAGGUGGAGCUUUGAAGAGCUGGGAGUGCUGUCCAGGAAGGUGGCCAAUGUGCUCUCCGAUGCCUGCGGUCUGCAGCAGGGAGACAGAGUUAUUGUGGUUCUGCCCCGGGUCCCCGAGUGGUGGCUGGUGAAUGUGGCUUGCAUGAGAACAGGGACUGUCUUGAUUCCUGGCACGCAGCAGCUGACAGCGAAGGACAUCCUGCACCGACUGCAGAAGUCCAAGGCCAAGUGUAUCAUCACUGAUGAUUCCGUGGCACCAGCUGUAGACUCGGUUGGGGCUGAAUGCCAGUCUCUGAAGUGCAGGUUGCUUGUGUCAGAGGGCCACAGAGAAGGCUGGCUGAACUUCAGGGACCUCCUGAAGCAGGCUCCUUCUGAUCACCAGUGUGUGACCAGCAGGUGUGGAGACCCAAUGGCCAUCUUUUUCACUAGUGGAACUACAGGAUCGCCAAAAAUGGUUGAGCACUCCCACUGCAGCUAUGGCAUUGGCCUCACCGUAAGUGGAAGGUACUGGCUGGACUUGACCUCUUCAGAUAUACUUUGGAACACAUCAGACACAGGCUGGGCAAAGGCAGCUUGGAGCAGCGUUUUUUCAGCCUGGAUCCAAGGGGCGUGUGUGUUUGUACACAAGAUGCCACACUUUGACCCACGCAUUGUCUUCGAGAGUCUGUCAAGGUUCCCCAUAACAGUUUUCUGUUCUCCUCCAACUGCCUACCGAAUGUUUGUGCAACACAAAGUGUCCAGCUACCGGUUCCGAGGGCUGCGGCACUGCGUGAGCGCGGGGGAGCCCAUCAACGCCGACGUGGUGCAGGCGUGGAAGGCACACACUGGGCUGCAUAUUCACGAGGGCUACGGACAGACAGAAACUGUGCUGGUCUGUGGGAAUUUCAAGGGAAUGAGAAUCAAACCUGGCUCUAUGGGAAAGCCUUCUCCAGGGUAUGACGUGAAGAUCAUAGAUGAAAAGGGUAAUGUCCUGCCUCCUGGAAAAGAAGGAGAUAUUGCCAUCAGAGUAAAGCCCACCAGACCACCUUUUCUUUUCACUUGCUAUGCUGCUGAUCCAGAGAAAACAGAGGCCACGAUACGAGGGGAUUUUUAUGUGACUGGAGACAGGGGGAUUAUGGAUGAGGAUGGAUACUUCUGGUUUGUUGGAAGAGCUGAUGAUGUCAUUAAUUCUGCUGGGUACCGCAUUGGACCUUUUGAAGUAGAGAGUGCCCUAGUGGAGCAUCCUGCAGUGGUGGAGUCAGCUGUUGUCAGCAGUCCAGACCCCAUCAGAGGAGAGGUGGUGAAAGCCUUUGUUGUUUUGACAUCUGACUAUGCUUCACACGAUCCUGAAAAGAUGAUGAAAGAGCUGCAAGACCACGUGAAGAAAGUUACUGCUCCCUACAAGUAUCCUAGGAAGAUGGAGUUCGUUCAGCAGCUGCCAAAAACCGUUAGUGGGAAGAUCAGAAGGAACGAACUGCGCCGGAAGGAGUGGAGGAAAGACUAGGAGCACUCCUUGCAUUUCAAGAGGCAUUCCUCCCGAGCAAGAUAUUGCAGGUUUACAUGGUGACAGAGAGGAAAAGAUGUUACACCCACGUCCUCCUUAGUCUAGCUUUGAAUAAAUUCUUACCCAGUUCCCAGAUUUUCCUGUCCCAGCUGCUACCCUAACAGCUCUUAGUACAGCAGGCAAACCCUGUCGGAGGGGAAGCUCCUGUAGUCAGGAGAGCAAGAGGUGCUGUGUGUUAAAUAAAGCAUUUAAUGAACUGCCA